AUACUGCAGGAUCAGUACAUAUUGCACACUGCCGAAGCUCAGAGCAUAUCCCUUCCUUUUGCUUGCAGGCACGGUUGUUGUACUAGUUGUGCUGUUCGAAUAAAAUCAGGCCAAAUUAGACAGCCUGAAGCCCUUGGAAUAUCUGCCGAGUUGAAAUCAAAGGGGUAUGCACUUCUUUGCGUAGGUUUUCCAACCUCGGAUGUUGAAGUAGAAACACAAGAUGAGGAUGAGGUAUAUUGGCUUCAAUUUGGAAGAUAUUUUGCCCGGGGGCCAAUUGAGAGAGAUGACUAUGCUCUGGAGUUGGCUAUGGCUGAUGAGUAAACUAUUGAUCCUGGAGGAUCUAUGGACUGAGACAUGAAUGGUUUGUCCCCUCAUUGUGAACUCAUAACUACUACAGUUUCAGUCCAAGAAAUAUGUAAGGAAAAAAAGGCCAAAAAGGGGUAAAAAUUGGAGCAAGAAAGUACUGUCCAAUGAUGACAACUUCAAAUUUCUUGUUACAUUGUGAGACUCAGAAUGUCUGUGUUGUGGAUCCUAAAAUAAACUAGAGAUAUGAAAGAAAGUAGAGAGGUUUGGGGGAAGUAAUUGACCCAUAUUCAUGUCAAGUUUUUCUAAUAUAAAAUAGCAGGUAAAAAAUCUCUAUUUUGGGUAAUUUUUUUAAUGAAGGAUGCAUAAAGAUGAAAGUUUAUGACAAAUCUAGAUAUUUUAAAGGAGAGUAUGCUUUUGAUUAGUAAACUUCCCCUGAGCACCUUGAAGGAAAUUGGUGGAUAUUUGAUUGGUUGAGUUGGUGCCAUUAUUACACAAAAGGUGCUCCUGCAAGGAAAAAUGCUGUCAAUUUGGUUGGACAUGACUAUUCAUGAUCAAAUCAACUGUACAAAGCAUUGACAUAUGAUGACUAUGGUUAAAUUCAAGUCUUAUUAUUCCAAUUUCAU